AUGCCUACUAGGUUUGCUGCUUCUUUAGCUUUAAUCAAAUUACAAAUCGCUUCGACUGAAAAAGUUAAUGAAAGACCUUUAGUUGAUGAAGAUCUUCCUACGAUUGGAAAACUGGUUAGGAUUUUAAUUGAUGGAUUAAGUUUGGAUUGUAAAGAUUCUUUAGGGUUCAUUGUUGAAGGAUUAGCUUUAGUUAGUGAAAAGGCAUUUGUUAGACAACUUUUAAUCUCUAGUCAAGAUUCCAUGUUAAAAAGGUUUCAUGAAGCUGUUUCUCAAAAAGCUUCAAGUCAGAAUCAAGAUUGUCAGUUAAAAGUGGAUACUUCAAUUGCUUAUGGAAUUUCAACGAUUUUAAAAAACUUGACAUCGUUCAAAGAACUCAAAUCGGAAGAAGAUCAAGUCACUGAAAAAUUACGUAAAUUAGCAACUCAACAAAACCAGCCCAAACAAUCUAAAAUAGAAGAGAUUAAUGAAGAUGAAUUAGUUACAGUAGAAGAUGAACAAGUUUAUCAAUGGAUCUCAACUUUACUUUUUAAAAAUCAUUUAUUAAUGGAAUUAGUUGGAGAACUAAGUAAAUCUGAAAGUAAAGAAGUUCGUAGAUUAACCGGGAAGAUCUUAUUUAAUUUAAUUGAAAAACAAGACUUCAGAGGAAAACUUUUACAAGAUGGUGCUGGUAGAAUGGUAUUAAAAAUCACUGCAAGUUUAACUAUCAAUUCAAAUUCGAAUUCGAAUUCUAUGUCCAAAGAAGCAAAUUCACAACUUGAUCCAAACGAUUUACCUAUACUUCAAGCAUUAUCUAAACUUUUAAUUACGACUAAUCCAUUAUUGAUUUUCGGACCAUUACCUACUUCUCCACUUUUAAUUUCAACUAUUAAACCACUUACCACACUUUUACUUCAUCCUUCUUCAAGCUUACUUCAAAUCUUUGAAGCUCUAAUGGCUUUAACUAAUUUAUCUAGUUUAGAUGAACGUUUAGCUUUAGGGAUUGCAAGUACGUUUGGUGUUUUAGAAAAGCUUGAAGAGUGUUUGAUGGGAAUCAGAACUGGUGAAAAUGUCUUGGUGAGAAGAGCUGCUACUGAAUUGGUUUGUAAUCUUGCUUCGACUGAGAUCGUUUUACAAAGUUUUGUUGAAGAAGAUAAAUCAAGUAAUGAAAAAUUGAAUUCGAAAGGGAAAUCUAGAUUACAUUUAUUGAUUGCAUUAAGUGAUAGUGAAGACUUGAAAACUUCUUUAGCUUCUUCGGCUACUUUAUCAAUCUUAACUGAACAUUCUUUGAUCAUUAGAAAUGGAUUAAUUCAAGAUGAGAAAUUAAUGAAAAGUUUAACAAGAGUUUUAAGUGAGAUUUUAAAAGUUGAUGGACAAGUUCUUGGAUUACAAUUUAGAGGUUUAAGUUUAUUAAAUAAUUUGGUGUUGGAAAAUGAUGAAUUGAUGAAGAAUGAAUUUAAUGAAUUGAACGAGAUUCUUUUGGAUUGUUAUGGGAGGUUGGAAAAUGAUGAUCAGGAUGAAACGAAGGUUGAGAUGAAAAAGUUGAUUGAAAAUAUAUUGAAAAUUUAAUUCAAAGUAAAUCAUGACAUAAAUCAUCAAACCUUUUUUUUAUUACACUUAAAACUAUGACAGUUUGUCAAAACAAAAAUUGUACUUGAUAAAGCAAAAGAAGUUGUAAGUUUUUUUUUGUUGUAAACUUUAGUUUUGUUUGUAAGAUGAUCAUAACUCAUCAUUUCUUUUGUGAUAAAAUUGAUAUUGAAAAUAUCCAAGUAAGCUGUCCUUCAAGCC